UCCAUGUGAUUUCUCCACUUCCUCCUCUCUCUCUUUCUUCUUCUUCAUCUUCUUCAUCUUCUCUCUCUCUAUACUGCAACUUCCUUCAACUUCAGUCGCGUAACGAUGAGAUGACCAAUUAGCCUGGAGAUUGGAUCUUCUUCUUCUUCUUCACCACGAGGUUUUCUCAACUCUUCUUCACCGGCUUGACUUAGAUCUCUUCUUUCCGCGGCUAACGAAUGAGGAGCGCUGCCGCCGCCGUAGCUGCUGCUGCUUCUAAGCCUAUUAAUCCCCUCGUCGCCUUCGAACACAAGAGGGAUGCGUAUGGAUUUCCUGUGAGACCUCAACAUGUCCAGAGAUACAGAGAAUAUGCUGAUAUUUACAAGGAAGAGGAAGAAGAAAGGUCGGACAGGUGGAGUAGUUUCUUAGAAGAUCAUGUUGAAUUGACUGAGUUACCUGAAAACGGAUCAUCUGAAAAUAGCCAUGCACCGUCUAGUGAAAGUGACAAAAAGGAAAAAGAAAAUGAAUUAAGCUUAGGUUCUGAUGUAACUCCUGAAAGUGCUACUGAAGAGGAAGGACACCCCGAUGCGGAGAAGAAUGUUCACAGAGUGCAAUUAUGGACUGAGGUCAGACCAUCUUUACGAUCAAUUGAAGAAUUAAUGAGCAGCCGUGUCAAGAAGAAGGGGGAUUUAUCAAAAAGCGAGCAAGAGGCGCCUAAAGUGAAAUCGUUACUCUCAUUCGAUGAUUGCAAAUCUUUCAAGGGAGCGUCUGAGAAUGAUUCUGAAGACGAGUUCUAUGAUGUUGAGAGGUCGGAUGUUCAGGAUGGUUCUUCUUCAGAUGGUACAAGUGUCUCUGGCAUUCCUGUUGCUGCUGAUGCAAGUCCAAUGUCUACAUGUCCUUGGAAGGAAGAACUUGAAGUGCUGAUUCGCGGUGGUGUACCUAUGGCUCUGAGGGGGGAGUUAUGGCAAGCAUUUGUGGGUGUGAGGAAACGACGCUGCAAGGAUUAUUACCAAAACCUUCUUGCUGAAGAUAGUUCUGGAAACACCAUAGAGCAAGAGGACAUGCAGAAUGUUGAUGACAAAGGUUCAAGUAGAGACUCUCUUGCUGUUGUGGAAAAAUGGAAAGGACAGAUAGAAAAGGACUUGCCUCGGACAUUUCCAGGUCAUCCUGCCCUAGAUGAUGAUGGUAGAAAUGCCCUGCGGCGUUUGCUUACUGCUUAUGCUAGGCAUAAUCCUUCUGUUGGUUACUGUCAGGCUAUGAACUUCUUUGCUGCGCUUUUAUUGCUUUUGAUGCCAGAAGAGAAUGCUUUCUGGGCACUGACAGGAAUCAUUGAUGACUACUUCGAUGGUUAUUAUUCAGAAGAAAUGAUAGAGUCUCAGGUUGAUCAACUAGUUCUGGAGGAGUUGGUUCGAGAAAGAUUUCCUAAAUUGGUUCAUCAUCUGGAUUAUCUUGGAGUGCAAGUGGCUUGGGUUACAGGGCCAUGGUUUCUUUCCAUCUUCAUGAAUAUGCUUCCAUGGGAAAGUGUUCUUAGAGUCUGGGAUGUGCUUCUCUUUGAAGGAACUCGUGUUAUGCUUUUCAGAACAGCACUCGCAUUGAUGGAACUAUAUGGUCCUGCAUUAGUUACAACGAAGGACGCUGGAGACGCUGUUACUUUGCUACAAUCACUGACUGGAUCAACAUUUGAUAGUAGCCAGCUCGUUUUAACUGCUUGCAUGGGUUACCAAAAUGUCCAUGAAAUUAGAUUGCAGGAAUUACGAAGCAAGCAUAGGCCAGCUGUGAUAGCUUCACUUGAGGAAAGAUCGAAGGGACUUCAAGCUUGGAGGGAUUCUAAGGGUCUUGCCUCCAAAUUAUAUAAUUUCAAGCAAGACCCAAAAUCUGUGUUGGUAGAUAGCAAACCCUCAUUGGCAAAUGGGAGUUUGUCUCGAUCUGAAUCAGGAUCAAGUAAUGCAGAUGAACAGUUAGUUAGCCUGACUGGGGAUGGGGAGGUAGAUUCUGUUCAAGAUCUUCAAGCGCAGGUUCUGUGGUUGAAGGCUGAUCUCUGCAAGUUGCUUGAGGACAAACGAUCAGCUCUACUUAGGGCUGAAGAGUUGGAGAUAGCACUCAUGGAGAUAGUUAAGGAAGACAACCGGCGUCAACUGAGUGCCAAGGUCGAACAGUUAGAGCAAGAGAUGGCCGAAGUUCAGAGACUCCUCUCUGAUAAGCAGGAACAAGAAGGUGCAAUGCUACAGGUCUUGAUGCGGGUGGAGCAAGAACAGAAGGUGACAGAAGAUGCACGAAGAUUUGCUGAGCAGGAUGCAGAAGCACAGAGAUAUGCUGCUCAAGUCUUGCAGGAAAAAUAUGAGGAAGCUGUUGCUGCACUUGCUGAAAUGGAGAAGAGGGCAGUGAUGGCAGAGUCCAUGCUCGAGGCGACUUUGCAGUAUCAAUCUGGCCAACUCAAAGCACAACCUUCACCACGGCAAGUGAACCAAGAUUCGUCUGUCAAAAAUAUCAAUGAUAAUUCACCUGAACCUCCUCCAAGCAGGAUCAGUUUGCUAGCACGUCCAUUUGGGCUAGGGUGGCGCGACAAGAACAAGAACACAACACCUGAAAAAACUCCGGAGCAUGUUAAUGACGAGAAGCCAUCAUCAACAGAGGGAAAAGAGACUAAUACUGAACCAACAGAGCCUAAGGUCCAAGACAUUUCAUUGGUAUAAUCAACCUUGAAGCUCUCUUUUCCACUUACAUCGUCAAACGUUAGUUGCUAUAUCAUCCUCCGUGACCGUGUAGUCGCAAAUAGCUUCUCAGUUCUCAGUCACCCUUUUUUCAUAUUUCCGGAUUGGAGUUUUGGACAUAAGUUUUAAAUAUAUUCAUUUGUUGUUUGUGGUAUGCUAUAAUUAUAUUCAUUCUAAGAUGGGAUACAUACAACAAGACAUGAAUGGUGUAUAGUUCAUUAAUCUGUAAACUAGCAAGUAUUCGGUUUAUAAUAUAUGAAUUCCCACAA